AUGGGUCUCUGGUUUGGCUUUCAGUGUCUUUCUCACCUGAACCUUUUAUGCCUUCCCAGGUGUGGCGGGACGGUGGGAGCCAUCUUCACCUGCCCUUUGGAAGUCAUCAAGACCAGGCUGCAGUCUUCGAAGCUGGCUUUCCGAGCUGUCUAUUACCCUCAGGUCCAGCUGGGGACCAUCAGCGGAGAAGGAAUGGUCCGGCCAACCACCGUCUCUCCGGGACUCAUCCGGGUUCUUAAAUCUAUUUUAGAAAAAGAGGGCCCAAAAUCACUUUUCCGUGGGUUAGGACCAAACUUGGUUGGAGUUGCACCCUCGAGGGCGGUCUACUUUGCGUGUUAUUCAAAAGCCAAGGAGCACUUCAAUAACAUUUUUGUGCCCAGUAGCAACAUUGUCCAUAUCUGUUCAGCCGGCUCGGCAGCUUUUAUCACAAAUUCACUCAUGAACCCCAUCUGGAUGGUAAAAACCCGGAUGCAGCUAGAGAGGAGAGUGAGAGGUUCAAAGCAAAGGAACACUCUGCAGUGCGCUCAGUACGUGUAUCGGACGGAAGGCAUCCGCGGCUUCUACCGAGGCCUCACAGCCUCCUAUGCCGGAAUCUCAGAGACCAUCAUCUGCUUUGCAAUUUAUGAGAGUCUCAAGAAGCAUGUCGUCAAGGACGACCGGUUGGCGCCGUCUCCCUCCGACAGCACAGACAGGAAUUCCACCAACUUCUUCGGCCUGAUGGCGGCCGCGGCCAUUUCCAAGGGCUGUGCGUCGUGUAUUGCGUACCCACACGAGGUUAUACGGACCCGAUUACGUGAAGAAGGGACGAAGUACAAAACGUUUAUCCAGACGGCGCGGUUGGUGUUUCGUGAAGAAGGCUAUCUGGCUUUCUACAGAGGACUUUUAGCCCAGCUCAUUAGGCAGAUCCCAAAUACCGCCAUUGUCUUGUCCACCUACGAAUUAAUAGUAUAUCUUUUGGAAGACCGAGUUAAGUAGCAGUCGGGGGGUUCAAAUACACACAACACACACAAACACACAGGAACGUGUGCAUGCAAAAAAAUUCCAUGGACCAGCUUCUUCUGGAAGAGCCAUUUCAGACAGAAACGUCAGUUGGAAGAGAGAGCUGAAAAAUGUUAUUUAGACAUGCUUUUCUUCCCCCCCCCCUUAUUUUAAAUCCUCCCUCACCCCCUCAUUUUUUGGUUGUGACUUCUCCCUUUUGUUUUUCCCUUCUGCAUUCAUGCAUUCUGAAAGAUGAUGAUGUUCGUGUUAAUUAUUAGUGGUUUUUUUUUAACUUAAAAGAGACGAGGUUCAGAAAUUAAAACAACUAAAUUAAAUCUCAUUAUUUAAUUUACA